GAGGAUAGGCGUGGUGGAUUGAUUGCCUCCCUUUCCCUCCAGGAGGAGUAUCCGACACCAUUAGUAUUCAAAAUACGGUUGUGUGGCUCUAUUUUCUUAUCCCCUCCCAACACACUAUUUAGUUCUUAAUUCAUAAAACUAAGAGAAACAGAGAUACAUUUUCCAAAUAUUUAUUGAUGCAGUCUCUCCCAUCUCCUUCCUGUGGUAGAGUUUGCGCGAUCAGACAGAUGACGAAACAAGAACAUGGAUUCCCAGUGGAAUCAGCAUGGCCGGAGUUUAAACUUUCCAACAUGCUUUUGUCAGAUGCAGUAAAGAAAUUUCAUGAAUCUAUUGAUAACGAAUGGGACUUCCUCCAGCGCUCAGCUUGUCAAACUGCAGCUGGGAGAGCUCUGUGGAAGCAUGUCAUACACGAUCCUGUUGCAGAUGUACUUGCAGGAGAGAAGUAUUUAACAAGUCUUCAUGAGAAGAUGAAGAAAGACCAUCUCAAUAAUGCACGUGAAAUAUCUGGGGUGAUUCUUGCUGUCCGCACAUUAUGGUUUGAUUCAAAGAUUGAAGCAGCUCUCAAAUCCUUCAACGGCGAAGACACCCAAGUUGUUCUACUUGGUGCAGGCAUGGAUGCAAGGGCGUACAGGCUGAGCUGCUUGAAUGAGAGCAAAGUUUUUGAGGUUGAUUUCCCAAAGCUCCUGCAGAUGAAAGCUGCGCUUCUGCAACUGGCAAUGAGCUCCACAAAUGAAUACGAGAAACUGGCAGUGAUGGCUAAAUCUUUAAUUAGAGUGGCAGCUGAUAUAAGAGAUGAUGACUGGCUAGAAAAGCUUAAGAGAUCUGGUUAUCUUCCUGAACGAAAUACAGUGUGGGUGCUUGAAGGUAUCCUGUAUUACCUCUCCCACCAGCAAGCCAUGCAAGUCCUGAACAUCAUUGCCGCUAACUGCAAUCUGACCCAUACAGUCCUUCUAGCGGAUUUUAUGAACAAGUCGUCAACCACACUUUCUCAAUCCAACUUUCAAUUUUAUAGUGACUGGCCUGAUCAUCUCUUGCCGUCUCUAGGAUUUUCUGAUGUUAAGCUUUCACAGAUUGGAGACCCAGAUGCCAAUUUUGGUCUAAUGCAUGACCCCUUUAAUCUUUUCAAUAGGCUUCGGAAGUUGCCUAGGUCAAUCCAAACCAACCCGGAUGAUAACAAACCCUGCUGUCGGCUUUAUUUGGUGAGUGCCUCUGGAUCUCCUGAAUAAACAAUCGACUAGAAGAAGCAUAAAACCAUGUAAACAUAUAAAGCAUACAUUUCUGCUGAUUCUCCAAUAUGUGUCAAGUUCAGGAAUUAUUCUAAUUGUGGUCUUACAUACGUAUUUUUAUCCAAAAGCUGAAGCCAUGGAAGUAAAGUGAUCUAAUGGUUUUGUACUGAGGAAAUCGAUAAAGCGGGAUAUUGUUAGUCCCUGUGUAAUUACUAGAGGUCGGAGAGGUGUAAGUAAGGAUAGAGUCCAUCUAAGUCUUUCCUAAAUAUCUUGUUCUUGUUCUGUCCAAGUAUCAAGUAUGUCGGCAGAUAUUACACUGCACAAGUAAAAAAAUAAAUGUUCCUAUUUACCGCGAAAAGAUGUUAUGUUGA